AUGCAUAUGUGCCGAGAUUCUGACUGGCAUUUUGUGGAUGCUGUUGACAGGCAGAAUAUGUCUCCAUUUGGAGCCAAACCACCGGAAGGUCGCGGGUUCUCGCAUUCGACCAUCAUGCUGUACUUUCAAAAGCACUCCCAAGACUUGCGAUGGUUGGACCGUUCAUCUGUAAAGUUUGCUGUGCAAACUCCUCAGAGUUCUAGUCUAGAUAAUAGCAGAUUUUGUGGAGCAUCUAGCUGCGAUGAAACGAGACGAGUGAAAACGCAACUUCUUCCCCCUUUACAACUCCCCUCUUUUAUUGGCUUAUUGGCGCAGACAGCUGUCUUCAAAUGUCCACAGGGUGAGACCGACAUAGCGCCGGCAAGGAAUGCAAAUGUUCCUGGGCUUCUUCUUCUACCACCUCCUUCCUCCCGGCAAGACCUCUUGUUGCCAGACGUUUGUACAGGCAGUAUUUACGUGCUCUAUACGAAAGAGCAUCUGGUGACCACCAUGUCCGGAUCCAUGCCAUCAAUGUCUCAAUCCGGACGGUGA